AAAUAGUAAACCACAGGAACACAGAACACUCUCCUCCAUUCUCUUUCCUUCUCUCUCAAAGGGAAAGAAAUCGUCUGUGCAGAAAGAAAAUCAAGUAAAUAGGUUAAGAGAGGGAGGGACUUUAUUCGAAAAUGUCCACUCAGAAUCGCCGCCCUUCGUUUUCUUCCUCCACGACUUCGUCUCUAGUGAAACGACGUCCGUCGUCUUCGACGGCGUCGGAGAAUGUGGGGAAGGCCGCAAGUGCAACAAAAUUGGCGAGAAAGCGGGCUCCUCUCGGCGAUAUCACCAAUCAAAAGAAUGCGCCACAAAAGGGGUCAAGAACUUCGAUUCCGUCCUCUACAUUGGCACCAUGUUCGAAUAAAAUUGCUAAAGUGAAAAAGGGACCUCCUGCUUCCGCCAUCAACACAGGCUUCUCUGGGAGUAGUUUAACUGCAGCUUUAAAUGCAAAAUCAACUGCAAUUGAUUUAUGUAAAGUCACACAUGUUUCAAGAAGUGAAGAGUCUGUCCCUGAAAUCGUUGCCAAUCCUGCUCCAUGCUGCAUGGAUGUCUCUCCUACUAAAUCAGAUGGAAUUUCAAUUUCUUUGGAUGAGACAAUGUCAACUUGUGAUUCUUUCAAGAGCCCUGAAGUUGAGUACAUAGACAAUAAUGAUAUUCCAGCAAUUGAUUCUAUUAAUAAGAAAACACUUAGUAAUCUCUACAUCUCAGAUCAAGUGGAAACAGCAGAAAAUGAGUGCUGCAGAGAUAUACUUGCUGAUAUGGAAACGGAUAAUAAAAUUGUUAAUCUUGAUGACAAUUAUCAGGACCCACAGCUUUGUGCCACAAUUGCUUAUGAUAUUUACAAGCAUUUGCGUGAAUCAGAGACAAAGAAAAGGCCUUCAAUAGACUUUAUGGAAAAAAUUCAGAAGGAUGUAAAUGCCAGCAUGCGUGCAAUACUCAUUGAUUGGCUUGUGGAGGUGGCUGAAGAGUACAGGCUUGUACCUGAUACAUUGUUUUUGACUGUGAAUUACAUAGACCGAUAUCUGUCGGGGAAUGUGAUGAACAGGCAAAAACUGCAGCUGCUUGGUGUUGCUUGCAUGAUGAUUGCUGCAAAAUAUGAGGAAAUAUGUGCGCCCCAGGUGGAAGAGUUUUGCUACAUCACAGAUAACACCUAUUUUAGGGAGGAGGUUCUGGAAAUGGAAUCAAAUGUUUUGAAUUACUUGAAAUUUGAGAUGACAGCCCCUACAGCAAAAUGUUUUCUAAGACGAUUUGUUCGUGCUGCUCAGGGAAUUUAUGAGGUUCCAUCGAUGCAAUUGGAGUGCUUAGCCAACUACGUCACUGAAUUAUCUCUCCCAGAAUACAAUAUGCUUUGCUAUGCUCCAUCACUCAUAGCCGCCUCUGCAAUUUUCUUGGCUAAAUAUAUACUUCUUCCCUCAAGAAGACCAUGGAAUUCUACGUUGCAGCAUUACACUCUUUACCAGCCUUCAGAUUUGUAUGACUGCGUCAAGGAUCUCCACCGCCUGUGCUGUGAUAGCCAUAACUCUACCUUACCUGCAAUCAGGGAUAAAUACAGCCAGCAUAAGUACAAAUUCGCAGCGAAGAAAUACUGCCCUCCUUCAAUACCUGAAGGAUAUUUCCACAACCAAAGCUGCUAAAAUAGCCGCAUUACUCCUCCAAUGCUCCGUUGGUUAAACUUCAAAUGGAAUCUAUAUGUUCUUCCUCACUGUAUUUAUUAUCUUUCCCCUUUUCACCUAUUAAAAUCUUGUAAAAUGCCAUUAGCUUGCUCUUUUCAGCAAAGAUUUUAGUGCUGAUAAUUCUUGUAUGAUAACAUUCUUGUUUUCUGGAUUUUCAGCAGGGUUCAUAGUCCACUUCCAUUUGUAUCAAGCUGCAUCCACCACUGAAAUGGGUACAACACUUGCACAGUUGAAGAACAAAAAUGUGCACUUUAUAUUUAA